GAGACUCCAAGAGCUCAGAGCGUGCUGUCCCGUGCUUCGAGACGGUCGCGCGCCCCUCUGGAUCUCUCCCUCUCUCUCUCUCUCACUCUCUCACACCCACACCCACAUACAUACACCCAGGGCACCCAUACACCUUGUCCACCUUCUGCUGUGCCCCCCUUCGAACCCCACCGCUGCAGGGUCUCCUCCUAACGUAGCUUCAGUCAGUCAGUCUUUCGGAAGGUAAAGGCGCAAUGAAGACUUCGGUGAUCCUGGUUCUCGGCCUGAUCUGUCUCGCGGCGGCUAAGCCCCACAAUGAAGGCAAGAGGAACCACCCCCCGAAGAGGUCCCGCGAACACAAGCUAACCAACAGAAUGGAACAUGACCACCACCGCCGGGAGCACGGGCCGCCUCACAAGAUCGAGGUGCACCACGGGAGGAAGGCCGCCGCCCGCCGCCCCGCCACCCCCGACUCCGCAGCCGCCGCCGCCGCGCAGGGGCAGCACGAGAUCAAGAAGGACCUCCACCUGCAGCACAUCACCGAGCACAACAUCGAGAAGAAGCACGAGGACAAGCAGUGGGUAGGGGAGGCAACAUCAGCAGGAAAACAUCACCUACUGACAAACCGAGUGCCAAGCGGUGAAAAUACCCACCUACUCACUAACCGUACCCCGCAAGUCUCCUCCUCCUCCUCCUCCUCUUCCUCCUCCUCUGUGUCUUCCUCUCCCGCCCCCUCCGACUCCUCCUCCUCCUCCUCCUCCCCCACCUCCUCCUCUCCCGGUUCCCCAAAUAAUAGUGACAACAAGAACAACAACAACACGAAGAAUAAGGGGGAUGGCAUCCCAAUGGAGUCCGAGCGAUUGAUCCACGUCACCCCACGACCCCCAAAGGUCCACAAGGUAAACAACAAUAACAACAACAACAAGCCCCAGCAUCGGCCCCUCCCUACCGCUGCCCAGGACUCCCCUCUUGCCCAGACCAACAAGGGGAAGGGCCACAAGUCCCCAAAGAAGUUCAGCCCCAAGAAACACGGCUGGAAGAAGAACCUGCGCAAGGAGAAGUCCAAGGAUAAGGUGAAGGAGAAGAGGGAGAGGAGGGAGAAGAGGAAUAAGGCUCUGCACCGCGCCAUGGCAGCCAGACAGCUCUAAGUCCCCGGUCUGAGGGUCUGUUCUGGUGGUGGUGAUGAUGGUAGUGUGGUGAUUGCCGUGGUUGGAUGUUGUACUAUUUAUUUCCAGAGUUUCUCGUGUAUUUAAACUAUUGUGACUGCCAAAACACACACACACACACACAGACAUACAGACACAUACACACACACUUAAUGUUCAUCUGGUAUACAAAACUUCUGGAUAUAGAACAGUAUUUCAGACAGGAAGAGAACAUGAACCAGCCCAGUAUUAUUAACCUUGCCGGUAAACAGUAUUAACUAAAGGCGUAGCUUGCUUGACUUAGGCACACAGACAUGCAGAUUCACCUCAAAACAAAACUGAAAGAGUGAGAAAACAUACAUAAAAGAACAAGACGCAAACAUUCCCUGACCAAGACCAACUUAUAUCAUUCCGAAACAACAUCAACUUUCCCAAAAUCUUUAAUACUUCGUCAUGUUUUAGGGGCACCAGCUAGAGUGACAUGCUUGGGUGGUGUUUCCUAUCUCAUAUAUUCAUUCAGUUUGUCAGUGGCAGGGAGGAGUAUAAAGUGGACAAGCUUUUUCUAUCUUAUCAUCAAUGUUCAUUCACAAAAAUGGUCGUCUCUAUGUAACUUCCUUGCUAAACUAGUAGUGGUAUACAUUUGCUUGUAUACAUAUGACUGGAUUAGUGAACAGUAUGCAUAGUAGCUCCUAUCCACAGCUAUAGUCCGCAGUAAAAGUCUGAUAUUCCGCAAGUUUUUCCAUUUUCAUUUCCCGCACUCCAGACUUAAAACAGCUGCUUCACUAGAUUAUAAUUCAUCAUCUUGAAAAUUCACUGAAGACUUUCUGGAGGGCUAUAAUAUAAGUUUGCCUAAAUUUUGACUGUUGGAGUUUCCGACUUGUGGAAUUCAAAUUAAUUAAUGGCCUUUUACUGUAUAUAUUUUCACACACACACACACACACACACACACACACACACACACACACACUACUACCACUAACAAACACACAAACUUCUUGCAUACUAUACUAGCAAACACACUAGAAAACAUCCUAGUAACACAUCUUCACCUGUGUUAUCAUAUAGGCAUUUUUUGGAAGCUAUUCUUCAUACACACACAAAAAAAAUUAUAUAUACAGGACGCUAAAAAUAUGAGAUUCACCAAGCGCUUCGCCUCAAUGAUUCCUUUGAACGGUCAACUAUGCAGCAAUACAAUCACGAGCUGAGGCCAAUUGCUGGACGCCUCUUUUCCAAUCAACGGAAGAAAUCGUAAAGCAGUUUUGUAUUCGCACUCGACAGACUAGGCACUUCUGUGUAACAAUAUUUAUACUAUUCUCGUAUACAUAACCCUGAGUACAUGACAUUCCCAAAUAAUAAUAAUACUAUGUGAUGUAAUGGCAAAUAACUAUGUACUUAAUCAUAUACUGUACUACUCCAUUAUCCUUGCCAACCUUGUAUGCUUUCACAAGAUAACAUACAUAUACUAUACACAAAGUAGAGAGAGACCAAGAGAAGCGUAGGUGCCAACCAUAGCAAGACCAUUCACAGUUAGUUCCCGCGUUCUGUUUCUCUCGGAGGUAAUCCUUAGGGUAGCACCAAUGUAGAGGUCCUAAGCAUUCUGGCAGCGUUGCGGUUGUGAGGACGCAAAGCAAGACCCAUCAAGGUGACAGACAGACAAACGGAAACGAGAGAUCAAAACACUAUCAUCCGGACUCAAAAAUCAAAAUUCAUCUUAGUGCCAGAGGAAGAAAUAUCAAACCAAAGUGAUGAUGCAUAAAUAAGUGUAAUUUGCAUAACAGAAAGAUAGAGUGAAAUAUGAAAAGACCCAAGCAACACAUCAUGGUAUUAUAAUGAUCCUGGUUAAGUCAUUAGCAUACACCAAAUACCACUCAGUUGUCAAAAUGAAAGAAGUGGAAGAUAGAUGGAGAUGUGAUGUAUAAAUAUUCCACAACUCAAGGCCAUAACGAGGCAGUCAGCUUCCACCCUUAGCCUCUGAUUGCCUUGGGUCUGUACUGGGAGAUCCGACUAGCUUGUGUGGGAUUCAAAUUACCCAGAAUAUUAGCUUAGCAGGAGCUGUCAGGAUGGAUGGCUAUCCACUUGAUGUGUGGGUGUAUACUGUAUAUUAUUAUUGUUCACCCUCCGCUUGACCAGUGCUAGUGUUUGAGUCGAGACACAGCUCCCCUUCUCCGCUACUCACGCGAUGCUAGACUAUCCCCUGCUCCAGCUGUUGUUUUGAUAGAUGAGACAGCCUCCUGCCUGUUUCUUGUGGCUCCCUCAGAUCACUACCCCUUCUCUGUGGCCCCGUAUCACACGCAAAGACAAUAAAUAUACACAGAAUUACCGAUUGGGAGGACCGUUCGCUGCUAAACCUAAGCUAACCUAACCUAACCUAACCAGAAGUGAAAAGCCUGAUAGCAAAAUGUCCAGUAGUAAGCAGCCAAGACACCAGAACCUAUCAACAUCCUUACAUAGAUUCAAGACUCUUUAGCUUGCUUCAAAUCUCAUUAAACUUUUCAAUUACAUUCCUCUUGCAGGUACUCACUAAAAAACUGUGUCAUCAAUAGUGAGAUAUAAUUAAGGGACAUCCUCAUUUAGACCAUGGAGACUGUAUGAUGAUCUAUGUGUUUCUAUGUACCUCUGUGUUGUGGACCAAGGGCUCAGAGAGGGUGGAAGUGAAGGGUAUUCUUGUAUUACUUUCCGCUGCAUUGAGUGUUCAGUAAUGGCCUGCCUCCCUGCCUCCCCUCCCCCCCAGCACUCUGCGUCCUGGGUUCAAUUCACUUUCAGCUCUCACACGUCAAAAAGUUUUGGAGCAAUAAAGUCUUUCAAUACA